GAGACAAACUCCAUAUUUAAGUUCCCCCAACUGUCCCGUUGGUAAGCGGAAUCAAUGCCGCGGGUAUUCCGUCGGAUAAGAGAAAGUUGUCGGAUUGAUCAUUUACCAGAGCGAAUCCACAUCAUUUGUCGAUAAAACAUCACCAUGUUUACUGGCCUGGUCGAAACAAUUGGGACGGUGACGUCCCUCGAGCCUCUCGACACCAGCGCCAGCGGGGGCGGGGGAACAUCGCUCACUAUUGGAAAUUGUGCGGAGAUUCUUGGAGAUGCCCAUCUGGGCGAUAGCAUUAGUGUCAAUGGAACAUGCUUGACCGUCACAGCGUUCGGCAAGGACUGGUUCAAAGUCGGCGUUGCACCCGAGACUCUCCGUCGCACCAAUCUAGGAUCUCUCCAAACAAACUCCAAAGUCAACCUUGAGCGAGCUGUCUCCUCCGAGACACGAAUGGGAGGUCACUUUGUUCAGGGACAUGUUGAUACAACUGCGAAGAUUCUUUCGGUUACGCCUGACGGGAAUGCGCUCACAUUCAGGUUGCAACCAAAGGACAAAAGCAUACUACGAUAUGUCGUCGAGAAGGGUUUCAUAACUCUCGAUGGGGCGAGUCUUACGAUCACGAAAGUAGUCGAUGGCGAGGAUGGGUAUUGGGAGGUCAUGCUUAUCGCCUAUACUCAGGAGAAAAUCGUUACCGCUGCUAAGAAGCCGGGUGACGAUGUCAAUGUCGAGAUUGAUAUGGUUGGAAAAUAUGUUGAAAAGAGUGUUCAGGCAUACUUUAGCCAAAAUACUGGAGGUGAUUUCACCGUCCUGGAGAGAAUGGUUGCGAAACUUGUGGAUGAGAAACUCAAGCAGGCCAAGGCUAUCUAAUUGAGAUAUUGUAUACCCAUGAUAUAAGAACGACGCUCCCACGAAGCUUUGAAUGAAGAAAUGGAACAACACAAAGUGGGAUGUCACAAUAGACAUCUGAUAUGUGCAUUGGUCUUAAUAGAACUACUCUUCCAUAAACUCGUCAUCAUCACUGCCAUUGUCGCCCUCACUGUCCUCCUCAACACCAGCUUCUCCGUCAUAUUCAUCACUGUCCCAUUCAUAAUCAUCAUCCAUGCUAACAUCUUCGUCGUCGUCAUCUGCAUUGUCUCCCCCUUGCCCGUUGGCUUUUGCUUUGGCCUUAUCCUGCUUCUUCUUCUCGAUAUUCGCUCUCUGUUGCUUUUUGCGCUCUUCCUUCUCUUUCCUUCUACGGUUCCACUCGUCAUCCAUUUUUUUAACCUCCUUCUCUGACUUGGAGAUGAAGUCAUGCCACAUGAUUCUUCCGCCGCAAAGUCCUUCCUCGACUUUCUUCAAUCGUAAAGUCAUCCGGGGGCCUAGUUCGACUAAUUUGACUGCUCUCUUCUCGACAUUAGGUUUGACCGACUGCUUAUUAGUUGCUGAUUUUUCACCCGCUUUCAGCCGUUGCAUCUCGCGCCGACUGAGCACUUUCUUGGUCGUGCUUUCGGUAAUUUCAACCUCCGCAUCCGUGUCUAGUUCAGUUUCGCUAGCCGACGUGUAACCUCCGGCGGCCGGAUCAAGAAGGUAAUCAGCAACAUCCUCCAGUUUUCCCAGAUUCGGUAAACUUUUUUUGGGAUCUUUAUGUCUUUGCAAAGUUGGAUCGAGACGACGUAUCCUCUUCGAAACACCAGUCUUUCUCGUGGUAAUUGCAUAGUGACGAAGUUUCAGAAUAUAUGCAUCGUCGUUUGGUACCUUCUCUCGAUUCAGCAUCAUUACACGGCGUAU